UUUGUGAAGUGAUAAUAUGAGUGUGGUAUAGUGACUGUGCAUUUAAAUAUUGUUGUAUUAUGGCACCUGGAUUGUCAACAAUAAAGCGAGGAAGUAUUCAAGUACAAAAGGCCGCAAAAGUUGUAAAUGAACAAAUUGGAUCAAGACAGGUGCUUGCAGUAUUCGUUAUAACGGGGUUUGUUUUAUGUGGAGUUGUGGAGCAAAGUGCUUCUGUAGCUUUGAGAGCAAAUAGUACGUCAAGCUUUUCAGCUGCUGAAUUCGCGGAAUAUGUCGAGAAUACCAGUUACAUCACGCAAUAUUGUCAACCUCCGCUUUUCAAAUCAAACACUACGGUUCACGUCGUCCGAUCCAUUCCCCACAUUGAGAUACCGAUGACCCGCACAGAUGAGACGGAAUCUGUAUUGAGGCAAGCUUUUAUGUGGGGAACAUUAGUUUCCCCUUUGGCAGCCAGCAGGAUAGCAGCACGAGUCGGGGCCGAACGUCUCUUUGGAGCUGGAGUUCUGGGCGCAGGAGUAGUAGCUAUUAUGGUCCCUGCUGCCUGGCUGACUGCCUGUCACGUUGCCAUUCGAUUUGUUCAGGGUAUAUUCAUGGGAGCAACAUGGCCAGCAGCUCAUAUGUUGGCAGUAACAUGGAUUAAACGAAAACACAUUAGCGGAUUCAUUUCCUUAUAUACAGCUGUGAAUCUAGGUUACGCUGUCGUCGGUAUUUUGGGGACAGUGUUAGUGCGAAAAUUUGGAAGAGAUUGGCUAAGUUAUGUUAUAGCAGCUUCUUCAUUUUUAUGGUAUUUUUUGUGGUGGAGGUUUGUAGAAGAAUCUUUGCAUCCCAACCGACCUAAAAGAGAUGAGCACAGAAACUUACCUUGGCGUAGAUUACUAAUGUCGAAACCCGCUUGGGCUUGUGGCAUAGCAGUCGUUGGAAGUCAAUGGGCGGACUCCACGUUAAUGCUUGGUGUUACUAAAUACCUGAAGUUAGUUUACGGAUUCUCCAUUGAAUAUGAAGACAUUCUUCAAUCCCUGCCUCAUAUCGGUCAUUUCUUUGCAGCCAUAACUUUCGGAAUUAUUGUGGAUCAUGUUAGGAGUACAGGAAUGGCUUCAACCACUACUUCCAGAAAACUUUUCGUUUAUCUUUCACAUUUCCCUCCUGCUGCCCUAAUGUUCGUUCUGGGAUACACGGGAUGCGAUCCAGCGGCCCCAGCUGCUUUGUAUACGGCAGCUUUAACGAUGACAGGCGCUACUCCAGCAGGAGUUUAUGCAAGUGCUGCGGAUAUCGCCCCCAAUUUUGCGGGUACUGUUUUUGGACUGUGUCAAACUGUAGGAGCUGCGGGACUUUUAGCAGCGAACUAUGUAGUUUCUGAAGGAUUGCACGGCUCAUUUGCAGGUUGGUGGAGAUUAGUAUUUGGUGUUUCGUCAGCAGUGCUAUUAACAACUGCAACCUUUUUCAUGGUCAUGGGAAGUGGAUCAGUUCAAGAUUGGAAUGCGCCAGGUGAUUUCGUGCCGGAGGAAGAACCGAAAGAGGAACCAUCACGACUAGAAUCUGUUCUUGAAUAACUUUCGAUUUACGUUCGAUAGUUAAAUAAAAACAAAAACCUGUUUGACAUAAAUUGGGUUUAGGGUUGGCCGCUUCAAAAUUUACGAAAACAUAUUUGUUAUAUGUUUCCGUGGUGUAGUGGUUAUCACAUCCGCCUAACACGCGGAAGGUCCCCGGUUCGAUCCCGGGCGGAAACAUUAGUUUUUUAUCUUUUCUUAAAUAUAUUUUGUCUUUUGUUGUUAAUUAAAAAUGAUUUACAGUUUAAAUUGAAUAAAUAGGCAAAGAAGUAUUAGUAUCACCUCAAUGUAUAUAUUUUUACUUUUCACCUAAUUAAUUAAACAAUGUUAUAUGUUUUAUAAAUUACAUAUAAUGAUAUAAUUCAAUACCAUAUUUAUCAUUAGAAUUACCCAGAAAUGGCAUGUGUUAUGUAAUUACAAAAUAAUUUUAAAAUCUAAUCAACAAGAGAGAUUGGAAAGUAACUGUGCUUCGAAUUAACAGAUAUAAAAUAAUUCUUUUUAAUAAACUAUUAAUUUGGAAUUAAUUGUAAAAGAACUAACGAGCAAUUUAUAUUGUUAUUAAACUUAAAUUAGUAAUUGUUAAAUGAGAGAAAAAAACAAAUCACAAUAAAUCUAUUGGAUAAAGCCAUAUUCUCACACGCAUGAAAAACAUGUGUAAAAUAUAAAUUAUUUUGAAUUUUGAGUUUUGUGAUCAUUCUAAUGAAGUAGGA